CACGCGCCAAAAUAGAACCUACUGAAGAACUAUCUGAAGUUUCAUUCUCUGACUCGGCACACGACGAUACACCACUCUCAGGCUCACUGGCAGCUCCUGUUACCAAAGUGGAGUCUUUGAUCGAGCCGACAUUAUAUCAACUUCAUGACUUUGCUGACGAAAUUACAUACACCCCUGAGAACGCACUUCAUGAAGGACUUGGCAUGGUGAAGACACUAAAGGUUAGUAUCGAAAAACUUGAACUUGGCAGUAGCAAGCUCUGUAAGGAUGUUUGGCUCCGUGAAAUAGACAGUCUCCUCAACCAAGUUAGUCCGACUAUGAUGAUAGCUGUCUGUGGUGCAACUGGAGCUGGAAAAUCAUCAACCAUAAAUGCACUGUUAGAUGUCGACGUUGUUCCCACAAGCGGCAUGAGAGCCUGUACCUCUGUGGUCACAGAAAUUUCAUAUCACACUGCAUCCACGAUCAAUGCAGAUGUGUUGUUCCUUUCCGAGGCUGAAUGGAGAGAGGAACUUAUUGUUCUACUUGAUGACAUUAAGGCUGAAGGUGGCAAUCUAAAACGUACUACUGACCUACAUGGUGACAUAGAGGUUGCGUGGCAUAAGGUUCAUGCUGUAUACCCAUCAAUAACUCUACCUCAACUCGUUGAUAUAACAGUUGAUCAGAUGUUGGCCUACAAUACAAAUAUUGUCCACAUCUUGGGCACUACAAGGAAGAUAUCAGCGGACAAUUCGAGUAGCUUUGCCCAACAAAUUGCGAGAUAUGUUGAUUCUUCCACAGGCCAGAAACGACGGGGUAAAAAGAACAAGACUCGGAAGGGUAAAAAGACCAGUGCUUCUGAUAACUUAGUCAUCAGCGCCCAGGAAAAGGAAGACCACGACACAGCUCUAUGGCCUCUGAUUCGUCAAGUGAAUAUACAAUGCAAUGCCUGGGCUCUUUCUGCCGGUGCUAUCUUAGUUGAUUUACCUGGUGUCGCCGAUGUUAAUCCUGCAAGGAAUCGCAUCGCGAAGGACUACAUGAAGAAGUGCAACUGUAUCUGGAUUCUUGCGCCUAUCACCCGUGCAGUGGAUGACAAGACUGCUCGAGAUCUUCUUGGUGAAGCUUUCAGAACACAGCUGAUGAGUAUGGACGGCAACUAUGAUGCCCAUACCAUCACUUUCAUCGCUACCAAGUGUGACGAUAUAACUUGUUCUGAGGUUAUCACUGCGUUGGAUCUCGAGGACGACCCUGCGCUAGAGAAAAUCAACGAUUGCAUCAUUUCAUGCAUGGAGGAAACAGCUGAGCUCAAACUAAAAAAAGCUGAUGCCGAUUUGAGGACCGAAGUUAUCGACGCGCGGCUCAAACUACUUCAAGCCAUUAUACAACAAUGCCAGGAAGACAAGACAGCACUCGCAAACGGUACAAUGCUUAUGCCACAGUUGACUGCAACAGAACACCAGACGACCCAGAGCAUGGGAAAGAAGCGAAAGAAUACUCGCAGCAAGGAAUCUGGGCCGGCUAAGCGUCUAAAGAGCAGCACCUUUGGACAAGACUCAGAAGAUGAUACUAGUGAUAGCGACAUGGAUGUCGAUGACGCGUGUGGAGGGCAGAAAUCAGUUGAAGAAGAGCAGGAAAAGGAGGACACACAGCAUAACGACGGCAUCGAAGAUGAGCCAGAAGAAGAGGUUACAGUCAAGGUUCUCGAUGCGAAGAUCGACGAUGCCCAGAAAUCUAUCAAAGCUGCAUUGGAAGAACUCGACGACGCACGGAAGGCACAGAUGAACAUCAAGGAUGCCCUUGAUGACCUCACGAGGAAAGAGAUGGAAGCGCGGCGUGACCAGAGUACAUUUUGUUCUUUAAAGCGUUCGGAGUUUUCCCGCAAUGCUUUAAAGGAAGAUUUCCGUGUCGGGCUUAAACUUUUUGAUGAUGCCACUGCCGAGGAGCGAGACCCAGAGGCUUUUGAUCCAACUCAAAAUCAGCGCAAUUAUGACGAGGUUGACCUUGAAGUGUUCACUUGCUCGUCCCGUGAUUAUGUCCGGAUAACAGGACGAAUAGAACGUGACGGAGACCCAUCAUGUUUCUCUAACAUUGCCGACACCGGGGUCCCCGCGCUACAGCAAUGGUGCCACCGGUUAGCCAUUGGUAAUCAACACCGUGCUGCGAAACAAUACCAUCUGCAAUUAAAAAUGUUUGCAAACUCGGUGCGGGCGUAUACUGAUGGUAUUAGUGAUGCGACUGUUGCAGACAGCAAAGCCCUUCGUGAAAAAUGGGAAUCAGUAGAGGGUGGCCUGAAGCGAUUCAAGCCCACGAUGAACCAUAGCUCGCGCAUAAAAUUGGAUCCUUAUGGUGAACCUACAGGAAUCACACCUCGGCUAGUGAAAGAUUUUGGUGCAUGUGUCGAAAGAUGUGUCUCAGAUUUGCAAGGUCUGUUCCAUGAUGGCCUUGAAGACAAAUGCCGAGCGGGCGCAGUCAAAGCUGCGCAAGGUGCAGUUCAAUGCGUCGACAAAUUUGCAGAGUCCAUGCAUUGGAAUACCUAUCGAGCCACACUUCGUCGCCACGGGUCUUGGUAUCGUGACCUCAAUGUUGAGCUUCUCACGCCAUUCACCCGGAAUAUUGCUUCUUCUUGGUCAACGCUCUUCGAGUCUGAUCUGUUCACCCCAUUAUCAUCCGCCGUCACGGAAUGCGUCAAGAAGCUGCUCGCAGAUGUAGAGGUGAGCGCAGCGGCUGAAUUGAAAGAACGCGCAUGCGCACGAAGUUCCGAUUCCCAAGAAGAGGUACACCUCGCAUUAGGGAAAAUAAUCAAGGUCGUAGAAGGAGCGCUUGUACGGGAGCAGAAGGAGAUAUCUCGUUGUCUCGCUCCUCAUGUCCAAACCGAACUGGUAGACGGCUACGAUCGAGCCACCGGACAGCGAGGCAAAGGAAGUGUCGCGCGACAGAAGACCGUGUUCCAUGACUACGUUGACACGCGUAGGCAUGUCGUUUUUGAUGGUGGAGCAGAGGUGCUCCUGGGUCGCUUGUCGGCUGCAGCUGAGGCCGUCGGGGAGGCUCUCAACGAGUCACUCCGGGAACUUGCUGAGAAGGUUGAAGUGUCAAUUAGUGUGCUUUGGGAAGGCAUCCCAGAUGAUCUCCGUGUGCGAUCGCAGAUUAUCCAAACAGUAUCUCAGAUGCUGGCUCAGUUAGAUAUGUGGUCACAGGCAGCAGAGAAAGUGUCUUUGGCCUCCUAGAUGGAUUAUCGUCGUCACCUCGUUUCCUCAAUUUCUUUCAGCAUUACCAUCGGCGUCUUCUAUGUAUCUCCUUUGCAGUACUUUAGCAGUUGUGUCGGAGCUCCAGUCAUCGUGCUUUCGACUUUGGUCUCGUACUCAUCAUACGGUAAUUCAUACCCGAGGAGCUAUCACUGUCUACCCAUUACUUUCCAUUCAGUAAACUACUAAAGAUGAUAAUAUACAGG